CAGUAUAUUCGGGGAUUAAAUCCUAUGAAUCAAUACAAUGUCCGCAUGAUGGCUAAAUACCAUGACACUAGAGAUAAUAUUACAAAAGCAUUAGUUGAAGCAGAAAAAUUUUCACUACUACAAGGCAACUUUCCAUUCCCACCUUCUGGAGGUCAAGUGCCUAAUCCCUAUGAAAAAAGUAUCAAUACAGGUUUGACCGAAACUGAAGUUAAAAACUUGAUAAAAUCUAUGAUACCAGCUACACAAUCCACUGCUUCUAAGCCUCAAGAAGAACAGUCUAAUCAAAUCACGCUUUCACAAAAUGAUUUCAAAAAACUUAUAGCGGGUUUAAAGGGAACUAUUGCUAAAGGACAGCAAACUUUGAAGAAACCCCCUGGACCAGGGAAACAAAAAGCUGAUGAACUUGCUAUAGACCGUUUUUUAGAUAGUUUACCAGUUGAUACAAGUUUACCAGAAGAAGCUUAUGACUAUGAUCCUAUUGAAGAUUUGAGAAAACAAUUCGAGGAUUUGGAUAUCAAUCAAGCAAAACUAGCUCGAAUAAUACAUGCUGUUUUAAGAUCAUCUCAAUACAAAUGUUCAAAGUGUGAUAAAACAGGCCAUAAUUCUCGCAAUUGCCCUAAAAAUAAAAAGAAAAGCAAGUCUAGACGUUCUAAUAGGAACAAAUCUGGCCGUUCUAACAAGCGCAAGUCCAAGAAAAAAGGCAGUGUCAAUAUUACUACUAAGUCUAGUCCAAAGAAACGUAUUUCACAAAAGAAAUCGGGUACGAUUAUCGACUCACAAAUCCGAAAAAUUAUUCUAGCUAUGUUUAACGAUCCAGAGGUUAUAGAAACAAUUAAAAACAAUAUUAAUAAUACAAAUUUAUCUAUAACUCGAAGAGUCGCCCCUAAAGGGCCUGCAAAACCCGACUUUAUAAAUUAUCGAGAGCCGGCCCCAGAAAUACCCGAAUCAGAUGACGAAGAGGAGAUGCUGAAUGAUCCUAUGGCGAUCGAUUUU